AUGUCUUCUUUCUUUCGCCGUCAUGUUCGUGGCCUUUUAAGAACAACAUUUUCUGCUCCUCAAUCAACUGAGACUAUAUCCUCUAUCGCCACGAACAAUGCUGAUGACGAUUUUGACAAUCAUGAUGAAUCUGAAGAGGAAAGAUUGUUACUAUCUUUAGACCAUCGUCUCGGACCCGCUGGCACUUCCUCAGAGAAUAAUUUUCAGACUAGGAAUGGAAAGAAGAGACAGAGUGCUCCUGAAGUUUAUUCUGGAAAGACCGGCCUCGAUCUUCCCAAUAUUCAUAUUGGCCCGUUAUCCUUGCCUGUAAAAGCGUGCCAUACUGGACCUGAGGGGGGACUUACUUGUGUGCAACCAAUGAGGCAGAGAACGAUUGCUAAGAUGGCAAAGUUGGAUGAUGAAGAGUUUAGUCUUUCCUCUAUGGAUGAGGAGGUGAAUGAAGAGAAGGAGGAGGUGAGGGAAGAGGAGAAUGAAGGGAAGGAGGAAGUGAAGGGGGAAGUGAAGGAAAGGGAUGAAGAGAGGGAAGGAGCGAGGGAGAAAGAGAGGGAAGAAGAGAAUGAAGAAGUAAAGGAAAGGGAUGAAGAGAAGGAGGAAGAGGAUAAGGAAGAGGAUGAAGAAGAGAAUGAAAGGAAGGAAGAUAGGGAAGAAGUGAAGGAGGAAAGAGGAGAGAAUGGAGAAGAACGGUUCGAGGAAGAGAAUGAAGAAGAGAGAAAGGGGAAUGAAGAAGAGAAGAAGGGGACUGAAGUGAAAAAUGAGGUGAUCGAAGAGAUGAAUGGAUUUAGGCCUGUAGAUGAAGAUCAGGAGGACCUCUCCGGAAGAUACCAACAACAAACUCAGUUAAUUAAGCCUACUAAAGAAACAAAAUUUUUGGAAGUCCCCAAGAAGGAGACUAAUAAAAAAAUUAAAAAGACAACGAGAAAAAGUAGAGGAGGAGGAAAGGCUCUGAUCCAAUCAGCCGAUUCAAUAGAAGCCCUUGGCCUUGUUGGGGUGGACGACUUUUCCCCCUUCCGUAAUGGGAGUGCUUUGGAACAACUUGAUUGGUCAAGUUGGGAUGAGCACCGAGCUUUGGGACUUUCAACAUCCUUGUAUGAACGCCAUCCAGUCAGUGGACUCCCUGCUGGACACCCAAUUGCGGAUGUUUUUGGAAUUAUCGCUAGGGAAAAUAACGCUAUAUUGGCGUUGGCUGAUGGAGUGAAUUGGGGCGAAGGCGCUCGCCUUGCCGCACGUUGCGCAAUUCGUGGAGCUAUUGACCACUUAAACAAUGCCAUUGAACGUCAACAAUUAAACACUACAAAUGAAAUUUUUCACUCAAUGCUUGGAGCUUUUCAUGCAGCACACGCACUUAUAUUGCAGGAGGGUGGGGCUUUAACUACACUUUGUGUAGCGUUUGUAGCACCAGUUAAAGACUCGGAUUCAUCUGUGAGAAUUUUAAAGGAGAAAAUAAAAGAAAAUAAAAUCAGAAUUAAAUAUGAACAAAAAUAAAAACAAAACCAGAAUUGAAGAAA